AACCCUUGAUUUCUUUCACGGCACGGACGGCGAUUAACCUUCACCCGCCGCCGUGUUCGCCAUGACCGCAGCCGAAGAAUUAUCAUCGUAUCCUCCAAUUGAUCCAGUCAACUUCGAUCUCAUCAUUGUCGGAACCGGCCUUUCGGAAUCUAUCAUCGCCGCUGCCGCAUCGGCCGUUGGUAAAACCAUCCUCCACCUUGACCCUAACUCCUUCUACGGAAGCCAUUUCGCUUCUCUCUCCCUCGAAGAUUUCACCUCUUACUUGAAUUCCUCUCCCAAAUCCAUCACCGCCGAAAAACCAUCAACAACCGAUUCCGAUUACACCUUCGUAAACCUCAUUCAAAAACCUCUAUUCUCCGAUGCGGAGUUCAUUUCGUGUGAUUCCGUUGAGGAUUCAACGUUCCUUCGUGAAAAUUCGAGAAAAUUCAAUCUCGAUUUGGGAGGACCUAGAGCAUUAUUCAGCGCAGACAAAACAAUUGAUCUGUUGUUGAAAUCAGGUGCUGCACAGUACUUGGAAUUCAAAGGCAUCGAUGCCAGUUUCGUCUAUAAUGCGAAUGAGGGUUUGAUGAAUGUGCCAGAUUCUCGUGGAGCGAUUUUUAGAGACAAGAAUCUUUCUCUUAAGGAGAAAAAUCAAUUGAUGAAGUUUUUCAAACUUGUUCAGCAACAUUUGGGUGGUAAUGAGGAUGAGAAGAUUUCAGAGGAAGAUUUGGAGAGUUCUUUUGUUAGUUUUUUGGAGAAAAUCGGGUUGCCGCCGAAGAUAAAAUCGAUUCUUUUGUAUGCUAUAGCCAUGGUAGAUUUUGAUCAAGAAAAUGGCGAGGUUUGUAAAGACUUACUUAAAACAAAAGAUGGAAUAGACCGUUUAGCUCAAUACAGCUCAUCUGUUGGAAGGUUUCCCAAUGCACCGGGGGCUUUGCUUUAUCCUAUUUAUGGUGAAGGAGAACUACCACAAGCCUUUUGUCGUCGUGCUGCUGUCAAAGGUUGCAUUUAUGUUCUCCGAAUGCCGGUUAUUUUUCUGCUUACGGAUAAGGUGACUGGGUCGUAUAAAGGUGUUAGAUUAGCUUCAGGUCAGGAUUUAUACAGUCAUCAGCUAAUCCUGGACCCAUCCUUCACGAUUCCAUCAACACCAUCUUCGUCUCCUAAUGAUUCUUCCAGUGAAAGUUUCCAGAUAUUGAGUCAGAGAGAUAUUAAAGGAAUGGUGGCUAGGGGAAUAUGCAUCACAAGGAAUUCCAUAAAGCCAGAUGUAUCAAAUUGCUCUGUGGUGUAUUCUCCUAGAUCUCUAUAUCCUGACCAGGUUACAUCAGUCAGAGCUCUUCAGAUAGGAGCAAAUCUCGCUGUUUGUCCUGUGGGCACCUUUGUUUUAUAUUUUUCCACUUUGUGCAAUGAUGCCGAUGAAGGAAAGAAGUUACUAAAAGCAUCAAUGAAUGCUCUUCUUACACUGCCUGGUGUUCAAAGUGACAGUGAAGAUAGAAAACCUAUUGUGCUUUGGAGUGCAUUUUAUAUUCAAAAGUUAACUAUGAGUAAAUUUGAAGCUAUCAGUUCCACUCCUACACCAGACGGAAAUCUAAACUACAAUGACCUUUUAGACGCAACUGAGAAGCUAUUUGGUCAAAUGUACCCCAAUGAAGAAUUCUUCCCAAAGACGACAUCCCCUGAAGAUACUACAGAUGAUGAUGAAAAUGGGAUAAUUAUGGAGAACGGAUCAUGAUAAAAUUGCUUUGCGCAUUUCAAGUGAGAACUCCUACUCUCAAGAUCUUGGAAAAAUGAAGUUGUAUAUUAUAUGCACAUGCCCAGGCAAAUUGAAGAUAUAAAUUGUUGAGGUGAAUGAUUACGAUCCCAGAAAAAUUGUUGAGGCAGGUUCAAAGCAGUUGUUAAUUAUGAAAUUUCUUGUGAAUCAUACUGAUAAUGAUUGAGGUCUGUAUAUGCACUUAGGAGCGUUUGUUGAACGAAUCGCUACUCCAUGAUCUGUAGUUUAGUUUGUAUUUGAAAACGAUUUAGUUGCACAAUAGUCUGUAUGCUGUUAUGACUUGUUUGAAUACGUUGCAACAGUAUCCAAACUGAAGACCUGAAACAUUGUAGGUUGUACAAAGUACAAACACACUUGGGGAAAAAUUUUAUUGUCUUAAUAGACUGAAUCAAAUGUACUUUUUGUUAUGCCACAAA